AUGGCUGACUCAACGUACGUGGAGGCGAGUCCUCAGGAUCUGACUGAUGAUCAGAUUCAACAACUGCUCCUGGAGGCAGAGUCCCGACUACGAGCCCCUAAUGCAGUGGCUCCAAUCGACGACCUGGCUUCCAUCAGAAUUCCCAAGCUUGCAACCGGCUCUUCACUAGAGGCCUAUGUCCGUCAAGGAGAUGAGGCUGCGGCCAUUAAUGCGGCGAAGAUUGCUGAUCCCAUACAGAAGAAGUUGGCCAACUCUCUUCACGACGCUGGGAAGAAGGAAAUCAAAGAAAAGCCGAAUGCAGGUCCCGAGUGGUUCAAUCUCCCCAAGACAGAGAUGACUGCCGAGCUGAAGAGAGACCUUCAGCUCAUCCGCAUGCGUUCGGUGCUUGACCCUCACCGACACUACAAGAAGGACAACGGCAAGGCCAACCCACCUGAGUAUUCUCAGGUCGGAACCAUCAUUCAGGGCCCUACAGAGUUCUUCAGCAACCGCAUCACCAAGAAGGAUCGGAAGAAGAACUUUGUCGAAGAGACAUUGGCCCUGGAGCGUGGAACCAAGCGUUUCGAGAAGAAAUACAGAGAUAUCCAGGCCGCCAAAACCAGCGGCAAGAAAUCUUUUUACAAGGAUCUGCAGGCCAAGAGACGUCGGAACAACAAGUGA